CGCCAUCCGGCAUCCGCAGACUGCGACACAGCGCAUCCAUUGCGCCUCACACAGUCCCAAUGGCUAUCGACGCAAUGGAGAUCGACUCGCACAUUGCCUCCCCGGCAGCGAACCGCUCGCCGGAGAAGGAACGCAAACGCAAGCACAAGGACUCUUCGUCCCCAUCGAAGAAGAAGCGCAAGCACACGAUCACGGAUGAAGAAGCGACUCCGAUGCCCAUUCGCGAGAAGAAGAGCAGCAACAGCACCAAGAAGUCGGCCUCAUCCAAAAGCCAGAAAAAGACCACCCCCGCCGAAAGCUCCCCAUACACCCUCACCACCGCAACCCUCUACCUCCCGCUGUCGCCGAUCUCCAUUUCGCCGACGCACGCGCAGGCGUCGUUGAUGGCCGAGCACCUCUCGCCGCUGCUCCUGACCUACUACCCGCCUCUCCAGGGAAUCGUUCUGGCCUACUCGAACGUCACGAUCUCCAGCACGCCGCCCAACAGCCCGGAGUCGGCCGCCGCCGCCGCAGCGACCGAAGACCACCCGCAACCGCUCACGCUGGCGCGCACCGCGGGCGAAUACGGCGUCCUGUACGUCUACCUGACAGCCACCUUUCUGGUCUUCCGGCCGCAGCGCGGUCAACUUCUGGAGGGGUGGGUCAACGUACAAUCGGAGGGGUUCCUGGGCGCGAUCGCGCUGAACCUGUUCUCCGUGGGCAUUGAACGCAAACGGCUUCCCUCGGACUGGAAAUGGAUUCCUCCAGGCGACGAACAAGAGGACGAGUCCAGCACCACCACCACCAAUAACACAUCCGCCAACACAUCCGCCAAAACCUCCGACGCAACCAACCCCACCUCCACCUCCUCCGAUGAUGACGAUGACAACUCCGAAGACGAAGAAUCCGACACGGAAACCAAGCCCAAAUUCGACCCCGCCCUCGAACACUUCACGCCCGUGACGCUGGCCUCGGACGCCAACCCGCUCAACCCCUUGAACUCCAACCCCAGCACCGACUCGACCCCGACGACCAACGCCGCCGUUGUUGAAGAUAACAACGACGACGACGACGACGGAGUAGAAGGCUACUUCCAGUCCGUAUCGGGCCACCGCGUGCGCGGCACAAUCAAGUUCCGAGUCGUCGACAUCGACGUGAUCCCUGGCUCGGAGCGGGAUCGCGGCUUCAUCAGCAUCGAAGGCACGAUGCUCACGCCCGAAGAAGAGGCUCGGGUGCUGGAGGACGAGCGGAACGGGAUCCUCUCAUCGGGGCUGGGCGGUAUGGGUACCCCGCAACGACGAUACGGGAGCGUCGAUGCGCCGUCGGUCUCGUUCACCGUCCCGCUCAGUGCCGCCAAGGCAGAUCGAGUAGAUGAGCUUCGUGAGGAUGACGACGAGGGGCAGGGAAACGCCACGGCAGCGGCGGCAGCAUCGGCAGUCGACACCCCUAGCAAGAGUAGCAGCAGCAAGCCCAAGAAGGAGAAGAAGAGCAAGUCGUCCUCUUCUUCGGCGUCAGCAGCCGGCUCGAAGAAGGAGAAGAAGGAGAAGAAAUCCAAGGCCUGAAGUAUGCUUCCCUAGUUCAUCGUGCAUGGUGGUUCACUUGGUCCCGCGGAUAUAUCUAAUCAGUGGAAUGUGAUGUGCCUGAGCAAGAGGAUAUCCGAAUCCCGGACUCGACUGCUGCAGCUUCUAUGUUUCUUCUCUCCUUCUGCGGGUAGGACGAAGGGAACAUUGUUGAUAUUCCCGUCGUUUUUCUGUUCCAUGUUAUAUACUUCAUCUGUGUUGUUUCGAUGCUCUAUGCUGUUUUGAGUUUUCUUCCUUUUCUUUUUCUUUCUUUCCCUGUAUCUCUUGCCUGGCGUUAGAUGGGAG